UAAUCAAUAUAAGGAUCAAACUGAACACUUGGACCUCAUUAGCAUGUUUGAUAUUAUUGAGCGUUCUUCUGAUUUAUUUCAGGAGUAUGAGCAUAAUGAAUUGUUUUAAACCAUUAACCAAACUAGACGGCUUACAUAAUUCAUUUUCAUCAGCUGUACAUACCUUUUUAGCUUUAUGCACUUCUUCAAUCAAUACCUUAUUUAAACCUGAACUGUUAUGAAUGUUGCAGAAAAAGAAGAACUCCGUAAAUUGGGGUUGAAAGUAUUGUUUGGAGUCUUGGAUUUUGCUGGAUGCACUAAGAACAUAACUGCAUGGAAAUAUUUGGCUAGAUAUCUGAGACAGCUCUUAAUGGAGAAUCGUCUUGCAUGGGUUCAAGAAGAAUGGAGUUCCAGGAAAAGCUGGUGGCCAACCUUUCACUUCAGCUACUUUUGGGCAAAAAGUGACUGGAAGGAAGAUACAGAUUUGACCUGUGAGAAAGCUUUUGUAGCUGGGAUACUGUUAGGAAAAGGUUGUAGAUAUUUUCGGUAUAUUUUAAAACAAGAUCAUCAAGUGUUAAAGAAGAAAAUUAAGCGGAUGAAGAAAUCAGUGAAAAAAUACAGUAUUGUAAAUCCACGAGUCUGAUGUUAAAUUUUAGUUAUUUCACAGUUGUAGCCACACUGUAGUAGCAGUAGAUUGUUACUAAAUGUAUUUAUUUGAUAGUUUAAGAAAGUAUGACUAUAGAAAGUAUUUAUAUGACUAUAGAAAGUAUUUUUGUAUUUCCUUUUACUGUAAGUUAUAACUAGAAAAAUAAUGCCGCUGCCUUUGUUCCUUGUAAAUAUAUAUACACACACAUAUUUCUUUUUUUGUAAUGUAAAAUAAAACGUUUUUUAUGGAAUGAUUCUCCAAGUGAAAAAAUAAAUGUGUUUAAUUAGAGAAUAUAGCUCUGAAGCAGUUAUUAUUUGCAGGUAACUUGCCUCUUGCUGUUAUGUAAUAAAAUACAACUAGUGGUGCAAAA